UUUAUUUUACGGGUAAAGUAAGACUCUUCUGCAGUGUGAACCGCCAUUUUUAAUUUAGCCGUGAUCUCGCGAAUGGAGCAUUGUGCGCAGCUCUAAUUGCUAGCCUCUGUUAGCUCGAAACAAAUAGCCGGACGGAGCCACAGUUUUCACACGUUGAUGUUUUCUGUGUAUAGAUUGUUUCAGAAGCUGCAUUGCAGACUGAGAAAGAGGAUGUUGGAGUUGUUGAGCCAAAACAAUUUCUGGAGCAGAAAAUAAAGAUCAUCAAAAAUGAAGGUUGACAGAAGCAAGUUAAAGAAAACCCCUACAGAAGCUCCGGCUGACUGCAGGAUACUUAUAGACAAGCUCAAGGCAUGCAGUGAUGACCAACUUCUGGUUGAACUGCAACACAUCAAGACCUGGAACAUUGGCAAGUGUGAGCUCUACCAUUGGGUGGAUUUGCUUGAUCGCUUUGAUGGGAUUCUGUGCGAUGCAGGCCAGACGGUGGAGAAUAUGUCAUGGCUGCUAGUUUGUGACCGUCCAGAAAAUGGACAGCUCAAAGCUUUGCUUUUGGCAGUUCUCAACUUCACAGCUCUGCUUAUUGAAUACAGCUUCUCUAGGCAUCUCUACAGCUCCAUAGAGCACUUAACCAACUUGUUAGCCUCAUGUGACAUGCAAGUUGUCCUGUCUGUUCUGAACCUACUCUAUGUGUUCAGUAAGCGCUCCAACUAUAUCACCAGGCUUGGGUCUGAUAAAAGGACCCCUCUUCUGGCCCGUCUGCAACACCUGGCGGAGAGCUGGGGAGGAAAAGAGAAUGGCUUUGGUCUUGCUGAAUGCUGCAGGGAUCUGCCUUUGGCAGUAAGUAAGUAUCCUCCCAGUGCCACCACGCUGCAUUUUGAGUUCUAUGCUGAACCGGCCUCAGAGGUUAAACUGGACAGAAAGCAGUCAAGUAGUAACACACUACACUAUAUCCACAUUGAGCAGCUUGACAAGAUUUCAGAAAGUCCAUCUGAGAUCAUGGAGUCGCUGACGGCGAUGUAUAACAUCCCCAAAGACAAGCAAACCCUCCUGUUCACACACAUUCGAUUAGCUCAUGGUUUUUCAAACCACAAGAAAAGACUACAAGCUGUUCAGGCUCGUCUACAUGCCAUCUCUAUCUUGGUUUAUUCAAACGCACUCCAAGAGUCAGCCAACAGUAUUCUGUAUAAUGGCUUGAUAGAGGAGCUGGUGGAUGUUCUACAGAUAACAGAUAAACAGCUUGUGGAUAUCAAGGCAGCAUCUUUGCGCACUUUAACUUCAAUUGUUCAUCUUGAGAGGACGCCCAAGCUUUCCAACAUUAUUGACUGCACUGGCACAGCAUCCUAUCAUGGAUUCUUGCCUGUGUUGGUGCGCAACUGCAUACAAGCAAUGAUCGAUCCAGUCAUAGAACCCUACCCGCAUCAGUUUGCCACAGCACUUUUCUCAUUCCUUUACCACCUGGCAAGCUAUGAUGCUGGAGGCGAAGCUCUCGUUUCCUGUGGCAUGAUGGAAGCUCUGUUGAAAGUGAUCAAGUUUUUAGGUGAUGAGCAAGAUCAAAUCACCUUUGUGACGAGAGCAGUGCGGGUUGUGGAUCUGAUAACCAACCUCGACAUGGCUGCCUUUCAAUCCCACAGCGGCCUUUCAAUUUUCAUCUGCAGGCUCGAGCAUGAAGUGGACCUAUCACGGAAAGAGUGCCCUUUUGUUAUCAAGCCAAAGAUCCAAAGGCCCAGCGCCGCAGUUGAGUCAGAGGACAUGGACACAGACAUGGACAUGUCCGAAGUUGCCAUGGAGAGCAGCCCAGGACCAUCUACUUCUUCAAGUUCCAGACCAGAGUCAGACUACCGAGCACAGAGCAGCUCCGCUAAUGCACCUCGUGCAGGUAUACAGUGUAUCCCCCAGAGAGCAGCUCUGUUGAAGUCGAUGCUAAAUUUUUUAAAGAAAGCCAUUCAGGACCCUGCCUUUUCUGAUGGCAUUCGCCAUGUUAUGGAUGGAUCAUUGCCUACCUCACUUAAACACAUCAUCAGUAAUGCAGAGUAUUAUGGCCCUUCACUGUUUCUCUUGGCCACAGAGGUGGUGACAGUUUUUGUGUUCCAGGAGCCAUCCUUGCUCUCCUCUUUGCAGGAUAAUGGUCUCACAGAUGUCAUGUUACAUGCCCUCCUCAUAAAAGAUGUUCCUGCCACCCGUGAGGUGCUGGGUUCCCUUCCCAAUGUGUUCAGUGCCCUGUGUCUGAAUGCAAGAGGCCUGCACUCUUUUGUUCAGUGCCAGCCCUUUGAGCGUCUCUUUAAAGUGCUUUUGUCCCCUGACUAUCUGCCUGCCAUGCGACGGCGUCGCAGCUCUGACCCUUUGGGGGACACUGCAUCCAAUUUAGGCAGUGCUGUGGAUGAGCUCAUGAGGCACCAGCCUACUCUGAAGACAGAUGCCACUACUGCCAUUAUAAAGUUGUUGGAGGAAAUCUGCAACUUGGGCCGAGCUCCUGAGUACAUCUGCCAGAAGCCGUCCAUCCAGAAGGCAGACGGCACAGUGGCCGUUCCACCAGCACGCUCCAGUCACGCAGCCGAGGAAGCUUCAAGUGAAGAUGAAGAGGAAGAGGAGGCCCUCCACACAUUCAGCCAGCAGCAAGGAGAACCAGAGAGCAACAGACAGUCAGUGCCACUUGAACUGGUGGUAGGCACUGAGGAGCGAAUCCCCAUUCCCUUGAUGGAUUACAUUCUGAACGUGAUGAAGUUUGUAGAAUCCAUUCUAAGCAACAACACCACCGAUGAUCAUUGUCAGGAGUUUGUCAACCAGAAAGGGCUGCUUCCUUUGGUUUCUAUAUUGGGGCUGCCCAACUUGCCCAUAGACUUCCCAACUUCAGCAGCCUGUCAAGCUGUUGCUGGUGUUUGCAAGUCCAUUUUGACACUUUCACAUGAGCCUAAGGUACUCCAGGAGGGCCUGUGUCAGUUGGACAGUAUUUUGACAUCUUUAGAGCCUCUUCAUCGACCAAUUGAGAUGCCUGGAGGCUCUGUGCUCUUAAGAGAACUGGCGUGUGCAGGCCAUGUCACCGAUGCCACAUUGUCAGCCCGUGCUACUCCUCUUCUACACGCUCUGACUGCAGCUCACGCCUACAUCCUUAUGUUUGUCCACACUUGCAGAGUCGGACAGAGUGAGAUCAGAGCGAUUUCAGUCAACCAGUGGGGCUCCCAGCUGGGUCUGAGUGUUCUUAACAAGCUUAGUCAGCUCUACUGCUCACUGGUGUGGGAGAGCACGGUGUUGUUGUCUCUUUGCACUCCCAACAGUCUGCCUCCAGGAUGUGAAUUUGGUCAGGCUGACAUGCAGAAACUUGUACCCAAAGAGGAGAGGCCAUCUGGCACUACCGCUUCUGGUUCUAGGAGAACUGCAGAAACAGACUCCGUGUCCCUGGAUUCCUCUGGCGGUGGUCUGUUGGAAGGCAUGUGUCUUGAUGGGGACAGCUUGGCUCCUAUGGAAACGGAUGAACCCUCAGCUUCUGACCAGAAGACUAAGUCCAAGCUGACUCCAGCUAUGGCCACUCGCAUCAAGCAAAUCAAGCCUCUACUCUCUGCUUCAUCUAGAUUAGGUAGAGCUCUUGCUGAGCUUUUUGGUCUACUGGUGAAGUUGUGCGUAGGCUCUCCAGUGCGCCAACGUCGCUCCCACCAUGCCACAAGUACAGGCACCACCCCUACACCUGCUGCAAGGGCAACUGCUUCUGCCCUCACCAAGCUGCUCACAAAGGGUCUGAGCUGGCAGCCUCCACCUUACACUCCCACACCUCGCUUCAGGCUGACCUUCUUCAUCUGCUCAGUGGGCUUCACAUCUCCAAUGCUCUUUGAUGAGAGGAAGUACCCCUACCACCUCAUGCUGCAAAAGUUCUUUUGCUCUGGAGGACACGAUGCCUUAUUUGAAACAUUCAACUGGGCGCUGUCCAUGGGUGGGAAAGUACCCGUCUCUGAGGGUCUGGAACAUGUCGAUCUACCAGAUGGGACUGGGGAGUUCCUGGAUGCCUGGUUGAUGCUGGUGGAGAAGAUGGUUAAUCCAAGCACUGUGCUGGACUCUCCUCACUCCCUGCCUGCUAAAAUGCCAGGGAUCACUCCCACCACGCCCCAGUUCAGUGCUCUUCGCUUCCUUAUAGUCACCCAAAAGGCUGCAUUCAGCUGCAUCCGGAGUCUCUGGAAUAGAAAACCGCUAAAGGUGUAUGGAGGCAGGAUGGCUGAGUCCAUGCUGGCCAUCCUAUGUCACAUUCUGAGAGGAGAGCCGGUUAUCCAGGAGCGCCUGGCCAAAGAGAGAGAAGGGACAGUGCGGCCAGAUGAUGAAGCUCCCCCUACUGCCCCUUUGGCAGCUACCGGCAUUCCUGGAGGCUCAUCAACAAGUGGAGAGGCACCAGCGGUGACUGGAACCAACUCUGCAGCGCCGACAGGAGGUUCCGUCGAGGAUUCCACCAAUGCGACUCCUCAUCGUGAGCCUCAGGUUAACCAAACUCAGCUCACACAGCUGAUGGACAUGGGUUUCUCAAGAGAACAUGCUAUGGAAGCUCUACUGAACACAAGCACAAUGGAGCAGGCCACAGAGUACUUACUCACACAUCCACCACCUCUUCUUGGUGGAGUCGUGAGGGACAUGACCAUGUCAGAAGAGGACCAGAUGAUGAGGGCAAUCGCCAUGUCACUUGGGCAAGAAGUGAACAUGGAGCAGCGCUCAGAUUCUCCUGAGGAAGCAGCACGUCGCCGUGAGGAAGAAGACAGAAGAGCCAGGGAGCGGGCAGAAGAGGAGGAGGCGCGAUGUUUGGAGCGCUUCAUGGAGGCUGAGCCUCUGGAUCCUCAGGAGUUGCACACUUUCACUGAUUCCAUGCUUCCUGGCUGCUUCCAUCUGCUGGAUGAGCUCCCUGAUACAGUCUACAGACUUUGCGACCUGUUGAUGACUGCUAUUAAGAGAAGUGGUCCAGAAUACAGAGAUUUAAUUCUGGGCCAGGUUGUCCACCAGGUAUGGGAGGCAGCAGAUGUGCUGAUCAAAGCAGCCGAACCACUAACCACCAGCGACACAAAGACUGUGUCUGAGUGGGCAAAACAGAUGGCAACUUUGCCGCAGGCCUCGAAGUUAGCAACGAGAAUUCUCCUCCUCACACUGCUCUUUGAGGAAUUGAAAUUAUUGGGUGCCAGAGUGGUUGAGAGCAGUGGGAUUCUUGAUCUGCUGAUUAAGCUCCUUGAGGUUGUUCAGCCCUGUCUGCAAGCAGCUAAAGAACACAAAGACAUUCAGACACCAAAGUGGAUCACACCUGUUUUGUUGAUCAUUGACUUCUAUGAGAAGAUGGCAGUUUCCUCAAAGCGAAGAGAACAAAUGAACAAGUAUCUGCAGCCGAAUGGGAAUAACUGGCGUUGGUUUGAUGAUCGUUCAGGCCGCUGGUGCAGUUACAGUGCCUCCAACAACAGCACGAUUGACUCGGCAUGGAGGGCUGGGGAAAGCAGCGUCCGCUUCACAGCUGGACGACGGAGAUACACUGUGUUGUUUAACACUAUGGUGCAGGUGAAUGAAGAGACUGGGAACAGAAGGCCUGUGAUGUUGACUGUCCAGAGAGUUCCUCGAAUUAGCAAGCCUCCAAAGACUGGCAAUGUUCCUGACUCUGAGAGAUCAGAGGGAGACAAGAGUAAAGUAGAAGAAACUCAGACGGAUCUAGACUCUGGAGCUACAGUGGAGAUCAAGUCUAAGGAGGAUUCAAGCCAGCUGAAGGAGACCACUUCUGGCCCCUCAUCCACUGUGGAGUCCGUCUGGUCUCAGGGAACCGACAUUGUAGUUAAAGGCUUGACUGAUGACAUGAUCACCGUUCUUAUUCGGGCCUGUGUCAGCAUGAUCAGUGUUCCAGUGGACCCUGAUACUCUUCAUGCGACACUUCGUCUCUGUUUACGUCUUACCCGCAAUCAUCACUAUGCAAUGAUGUUUGCUGAGCUGAAGAGCACUCGAAUGAUUCUUGGGCUAACACAAGGCUCUGGUUUCAAUGGAUUCACCCCACUUGUUACCCUGCUGUUCCGGCACAUCAUUGAAGAUCCAGCUACACUACGCCACACCAUGGAAAAGGUGGUGAGGUCAGCUGUGACCAGUGGGGCAGGUAGCACCACCUCUGGAGUUGUGUCCGGCAGUCUUGGUUCCAGAGAAAUCAACUACAUUCUACGUGUGCUGGGCCCUGCAGCCUGUCGAAACCCUGAGUGCUUUAUUGAAACAGCCAGCAACUGUAUCCGCAUUGCACUGCCUGCACCACGUGGAGCUGGAACAACUUCUGAUGAUGAGUUUGAGAACCUACGGAUUAAGGGACCAAACGCUGUGCAGCUGGUGAAGACUACUCCUCUAAAACUCUCUCCCUUACCGUCCAUUCCCGACACAAUCAAAGACGUCAUAUAUGACAUGCUCAAUGCCUUGGCUGCCUACCAUGCUCCUGAAGAACCUGAGCGUACAGAAGAACGUGCUUCAGCCGUACCUGGUGGUCAAGAUUUGUGCCAGAUUUUGCAGGAUGUCGGAGACGAUGUCUACCAGCAGUACCGUCUCACACGUCAGGGAAGUGACUUUGAUUCCCAGUCAGCAUUUCAUAUUAACGCUCAAGUCUUUGCUGCCGAUGGGGGUGUAGCUGAAUCUUCCCAAUCUGCCAUGCCGCAGGGAGAAGCUUCAACACCAGAAGAGAUGCGGGAAGAAAAGAAGGAACAGGAGGGAGACAAAAGUACCAGCUCAGAAGAGAGCAAAGCAGCCAAAGUAAAAGCGAGCAAGCCUUUAAUGCCAGUGUCUACCAUCCUGAGACUUCUGGCAGAGUUGGUACGCUCCUAUGUGGGCAUCGCCACACUAAUUACUUCCUACUGCUACACCGCUGGACAGUCUGAGCUCAUUAAAGAGGACUGCAGUGUUCUGGCCUUUGUGCUCGACCACCUGCUGCCCCACACACAGAAUUCGGAGGACAAGGACACACCGGCUCUGGCCCGUCUGUUCUUAGCCAGCCUGGCAGCUGCCGGCACAGGCACUGAUGCCCAGGUUGCUCUGGUGAAUGAAGUAAAAGCUGCCCUUAGUCGUGCCCUGGCAAUGCCAGAAGGUGCUGAAAAGCAUGCCAGGCUGCAGGCAGUGAUGUGCAUUAUCAGCACUAUCAUGGAGUCGUGUCCCUCCACAUCCAGUUUCUACAGCACAGCAACAGCCAAGACACAACAUAAUGGCAUGAACAACAUCAUAAGGCUCUUUCUGAAGAAGGGAUUGGUCAAUGACUUGGCUCGUGUGCCUCACAGCUUGGAUUUGUCCAGUCCCAACAUGGCCAACACGGUGAAUGCUGCACUGAAGCCUCUGGAGACUCUUUCACGCAUUGUUAACCAGCCCAGCAGUCUCUUUGGUGGCAAAGCCGGUUCCAGUAAGACCAAGACAGAGCAUGACACUGUGGGCACUGCCAGGGACAGCAGUAGCAACACGCAGGACCAAGGAGAGUCUGGUGAGACUGAGCCAGUGGAUGGCAGCCACAGGGUUCAAGGAACAGACGGUGACUUGAUGGAUGGAGAAGCAGAAGGAGACACAGUGGUUAUCGCUGGUCAACCAGAAGUUCUGAGCACACAAGCUAUGCAGGUUGAGAAUGAGUUGGUGGACCUUAUUGAUGAGCUGUUGGAGAGAGAUCCUAACACAGUCAACAGUACAAUCAUUGUGGGAACUAGUGGAGAAGAUGAGUCACAAGAGGAUGUGUUGAUGGAUGAGGCCCCUUCCAAUAUUAGCCAAACGUCAACCCUUCAGGCUAACCGCGAAGACUCUAUGAACAUUCUGGAGCCAGAGGAUGAAGAGCACACACAAGAAGAGGACUCCAGUGGUAGUAAUGAUGAUGAAGACAGCCAGGAUGAAGAGGAGGAGGAGGAAGAAGAGGAGGAGGAAGACCAAGAUGAUGAAGAAGGAGACGAGGAUGAUGAUGAAGGAUCUGAGAUGGAGCUGGAUGAAGACUUUCCUGACAUAAACACUGCCCCGCACAUCCGCUUUGAAAGAUUUGACAGAGAUGAUGAUCUUAUUAUAGAGUUUGACAACAUGUUUUCCAACAACUCUGACAUCCCUCCAUCUCCAGGCAACAUCCCGAGUUCACACCCACUCAUGGUGCGCCAUGCUGACCACAGCUCCCUGACUUUAGGAGUAGCCGGCACUAGCAGUCGUUUGGCACAGGGUUUGGGCCGCAGCCAACGAACUUUACGUCAACUCACUGCAAACAGUGGACACACUAUCCAUGUCCACUACCCACACAACCGCCAGCCCAACCCCCCUCUGAUAUUGCAAAGACUGUUGGGCCCCAGUGCUGCUGCAGACAUUUUACAGCUGUCCAGCUCUCUCCCACUGCAAUCCCGCGGUCGCGCCCGACUCUUGGUGGGAAAUGAAGAUGUGCAUAUCAUUGCCCGUUCAGAUGACGAACUGUUGGAUGACUUCUUUCAUGAACAAAGCAGCUCAGGGGGCCAAGCAGGUACCCUUUCCAGCAUUCCCACUGCCUUAACUAGAUGGACAGAUGAGUGCAAAGUGCUUGAUGCUGAGAGUAUGCACGACUGUGUUGCAGUUGUGAAGGUGCCCAUCUUGCAACACCUGGAAAGUCUCAGAGAUGAAGAGCUGGAGGAGCGUAGAGAGAAGAGGAGAAGGCAGCUGGCUGAGGAAGAAGAGUCCAAACAGAAUGACAGAAGAGCCUCUGGAGCAGAACAGGCCAGGGAGCAAACUCUGCAGAGUUCUGGACUGGGCGCAGUGAACUGUGAGAACGCAGCAGACCAUGAUCAGGGUCAGGGUGGUACAAUGUCAUGUCUGGACCCUCCCAGAGUCUCAGAGGGCUUUCUUACUGCUCCCCCAUCUGGAGAGGUUACUCCUACAACACCGGCUCCUCAUGAACAGGCCUUAGUCUCUUUGGAGACUGCUAUAAGUCAACAGGUCCACCAGCCAAUAGCUGACCUGUUGCUGGCAGAGUCGCACGCAAGCUCUCUGGCUGCUCUUUCAGGGGCUGCCCUGCCGUCACUGUCUGCAGCCGAGAGGGCAAAUGGUGAAGCAGAAGCAUCUCAAAUGGAAAUGUCUCCAGCACCCACAACCGGUGAGAGAGUCGGAGGAAGUGGCAGUGGAGGAGCGUUGGAUGAAGGCAGGGAAGCCUCUCUAAGUCCAGACAUUGUAGAAAACUCAGAGCCUACGGUGGUUGGCGUGUCACAACUCGAAGGCUCCCCGAUGGAUACCAGCAGCCCUGCCUCUGCUACUCAGGAAGAAUCUGCUCCCAACCCUCCCCAAACCACCCAGCUUUCUCAGGAGUUGUCUGGCAGUAGAGAGAGUGGGCUGACUGACAGACAGACUGAUGCUGAAACAGGAUCCACAUCUGUCUCAUCCCCUGGGGAAACGAUGCCAAGAAGUGAUAGUGCUGAAAGUCAAUCCCAAGUCAUUCAGGAAGAGCCCCUCCCAUCCACCAGCAACGACGAGGAGGAUCCUCUUGCAGGCAUAAGUCUGCCAGAGGGUGUAGAUCCCUCCUUCCUAGCAGCUCUUCCUGAGGACAUUCGUAGAGAAGUCUUGCAAAAUCAACUUGGCAUCAGGCCACCUUCCCGUCCUCCAGUAGCCACGAAUUUACCCACCUCAACUGCACCUGUGCUAGGAGGACCAGGGGUCACUGAGGUCAGCCCUGAGUUCCUGGCAGCCUUACCCCCUGCUAUUCAGGAGGAGGUUCUUGCCCAGCAACGAGCUGAACAGCAGCGAAGGGAGCUAGCCCAGCAGCCUCCACAAGGAGACACUCCUUUAGAUCCAGUCACCUUCAUCCAGACGCUGCCCUCAGAGCUUCGCCGUAGUGUUCUUGAAGACAUGGAAGAUAGCGUCCUGGCUGUCAUGCCCCCGGACAUUGCCGCGGAAGCCGCCGCGUUACGUAGAGAACAGGAGGCACGUCAGCGACAACUGAUGCAUGAUCGGUUCUUCAGUCACAGCUCAUCUUCAGCACUCUCAGCCAUCUUGCGCUCGCCAGCUUUUACCAGUCGUUUAGGGAGCAAUCGUGGGGUUCAGUACACUCGACUGGCUGUCCAGCGAGGAGGGACAUUUCAGAUGGGUGGAGGAACAAAUCACAGGCCAACCAGUUCAACUGUGGAUUCUUUGUUGCGGCUGCGUGGACGUUUGCUGCUAGACCAUGAAGCCUUGUCCUGUCUCCUGGUUUUGUUAUUUGUGGACGAACCGAAGCUCAACACCAGCCGUCUCCACCGCGUGCUCAGGAACCUCUGCUACCAUUCUCAGACUCGGGGGUGGGUCAUUCGCAGCCUGUUGUCUAUUCUCCAGCGCAGCAGUGAGAGUGAAGUCUGCGUAGAGACAUCACGUCUGGAAGACUCUCGUGGCAAAAGGAGCACUCAGGCGGGCUGUGGAGGGAAAGGGUCAACCUCUUCCUCCCUCUCCUCAUCUUCAUCUUCUUCCUUAGAGCUUUUGAACAGGGUUGAGUCUCGUAGCUCCAGCCAGCUUUCCUGGCUCUCCGUCUCCAUGGAUGCAGCCUUGGGCUGCCGAACAAACAUUUUCCAGAUUCAGCGAGUAUCAGGUAGAAAGCAUGCUGACCGGCAUUCAGCUGGUAGCUCUGCAGGAUCUGGAACGCUGGGAGGUGGAGUGUCGGGUACUGCAUCAGGUGUUGCAUGUACAGGUGGAGGAGGGUCUACAGUUCACAUUCACCCACAAGCUGCUCCUGUGGUCUGUCGACAUGUAUUGGACACGCUUAUUCAAUUAGCAAAGGUUUUCCCUAGCCACUUCACCCAGCAACGCUGCAAGGAUUUGUUGUUUUUAUCUUCUGAUAUCGAUUCUCGCCUUUGUUCAGGCUCCUCCGUGGGAGGAAGCGGAACUGGAAGCUCGAGGCCUGGGUCUCAGGCCAAUCCCAAUGCCUCAAACACCCAGAACUCACUGAUUUCUUCUGCUAUGACUGCUCAGUCUUUAGGCAUCUCAACAGAUUUUUGGGACCUGCUGGUAAAGCUUGACAACAUGAAUGUCAGCCGAAAAGGCAAAGCAUCUAUGAAGUCAGUACCCCUAGGGGGCAGCGCAGAGGCAGAGGGAGCCCAAUUUAGUCUAGAGACAUCACCACUUGGCCAGCUGAUGAAUAUGUUGUCUCAUCCUGUAAUCCGACGGAGCUCUUUGCUCACUGAGAAGCUCCUGCGUCUGCUGUCCCUCAUAUCCAUUGCCCUGCCUGACAACAAAGCCACUGAGGUACCUGCAGGCCACCCUACUCCACAGGCGGUCAACUCCAACACAGCAAACUCAGGAGCUACAGCUGCAGCACAGGGCACAGCACCACUGGCCUCUGUGCAGCCUGCGGUGACUGUCCCAGCGGCUUCUGCAGGAGUUGCAGCCCAGAGUACAUCCUCAGGAACAAGUGUACCAUCUUUCGGGGCAUCCUCUACUACUACUACAAUCUUUAUACCUACGCCCACUGGAACAGCUUCUACAGGAAAGCAAAGGGGUACCACUGGAAAUGCAGAACUUGACAAGAUGGCUUCCGCAGGUUUAACAGAGAAACAGCUUCAACUGUCAGUGGAGGUCUUGACAUCUCACUCGUGUUCAGAAGAAGGUCUGGAGGAUGCUGCUAACAUUCUGCUGCAGCUCUCAAGAGGAGACAGUCCCACUAGAGACACAGUCCUCAGAUUACUCCUGAGUGGAGCUAGACACCUUGGAUACACUCUUUGCAAACAGAUCGGCACACUAUUGGCUGAACUUAGAGAGUACAACUUGGAGCAGCAGAGACGGGCACAUGCUGACUCGCAUUCACCAGAUGCACCCCCUGAUGAUGCUUCUAUAUCAGCCAAGUUGAAGGGCAAGAUGACCAGCAGGUUUGAUGGGUCUGAGAGUGUCGUGAUUGUAGCUGCACAAAAGCGCACACUUGGAGGCCGUGAAUUGCAGCUUCCCUGUAUGAGCUCACUGACGUCAAAGACUUCAACACAGAAGUUUUUCCUGCGAGUUCUGCAGGUUAUCAUCCAGCUACGUGAGGACACCAGACGUGCCAACAAAAAGGCCAAGCAGACUGGGCGAUUAGGCUCUACCAGUUUGGGCUCAGCCAGCAGCAUCCAGGCAGCAGUGCGCCAGCUUGAAGCAGAGGCCGAUGCCAUCAUCCAGAUGGUGAGAGAGGGGCAACGUGCCCGGCGGCUCCAGCAGACACCAUCAUCUAGCGUCUCUUCUGCCGCCGUGGCUGCCGGCCCCUCUGUGGCUGCCUCCCAUGCUCCCACUGGUGCUGCUACCCCUGCUGGCACGGCUGCCGCCGCUACGUCUGAAGUGCAGUCAUUGCCGGAAUCCCAGGCAGCGCAGAGAGACGAUUCUCCAAUGGAUGUGGACCAGCCGUCUCCCAUAGAGCAGGACUCUGCACCUCUGGAUGAGGAGGGAAACAGUCAGACUGAGGCUGAGGAGAGACUCCCAGAUCUUCCUCUGCUCAGUGAGCAGCUGCUGUUGGAUGAACUAUGGGACAUGCUUGGGGAGUGCCUAAAAGAACUGGAAGAGUCCCAUGACCAGCAUGCUGUACUGGUUCUCCAGCCCGCUGUAGAGGCUUUCUUUCUGGUCCAUGCCACUGAACGUGAGAGCAAACCUCCUGUCAGGGACACACGGGAGAGCCAGCUGUCGCACAUCAAAGACGAACCCCCCCCUCUGUCACCAGCACCUCUCACACCCGCCACUCCAUCAUCCCUUGACCCAUUCUUUUCCAGAGAACCAUCCUCCAUGCAUAUUUCUUCAAACUUGCCACCAGACACUCAGAAAUUCCUGCGCUUUGCUGAAACUCACCGUACAGUCCUCAAUCAAAUCUUACGGCAGUCUACCACCCACUUGGCUGACGGGCCUUUCGCAGUUCUGGUUGACUACAUUCGCAUUCUGGACUUUGACGUGAAGAGAAAGUACUUCCGCCAGGAGUUAGAACGGCUGGAUGAAGGCCUCAGGAAGGAGGACAUGGCUGUGCAUGUGAGACGAGAUCAUGUGUUUGAGGACUCCUACAGAGAAUUGCACCGCAAGAGCCCAGAAGACAUGAAGAACAGGCUGUACAUUGUGUUUGAAGGAGAGGAGGGCCAGGAUGCUGGUGGUCUGCUGAGGGAGUGGUACAUGAUCAUCUCCAGGGAGAUGUUCAAUCCUAUGUAUGCUCUUUUCCGCACUUCACCUGGAGACAGGGUCACCUACACCAUAAACCCCUCCUCUCACUGCAAUCCCAACCACCUCAGCUACUUUAAGUUUGUGGGCCGCGUUGUCGCCAAGGCGGUUUAUGACAACCGGCUACUGGAGUGCUACUUCACACGCAGCUUCUACAAACACAUUCUGGGCAAGAGUGUCAGGUACACAGACAUGGAAAGUGAGGAUUAUCCAUUCUUCCAAGGUUUAGUGUACUUGCUGGAAAAUGACGUCUCUACACUGGGCUAUGAGCUGACAUUCAGCACUGAGGUCCAGGAGUUCGGAGUUUGUGAAGUGAGAGACCUGAAGCCAAAUGGAGCGAACAUUCUUGUCACAGAGGAAAACAAAAAAGAAUAUGUUCAUCUGGUGUGCCAGAUGAAAAUGACAGGGGCAAUUCGCAAACAGCUGGCAGCCUUUCUGGAAGGAUUCUAUGAGAUCAUACCGAAGAGGCUGAUCUCCAUCUUCACCGAGCAGGAGCUGGAGUUGCUCAUUUCUGGCCUGCCCACCAUUGACAUUGAUGAUCUGAAGGCCAACACUGAAUAUCAUAAAUACCAGUCCAGCUCCAUUCAGAUCCAGUGGUUUUGGAGGGCCUUGCGCUCUUUCGAUCAGGCAGACCGGGCCAAGUUCCUGCAGUUUGUCACCGGCACAUCCAAGGUUCCACUCCAGGGCUUUGCUGCGCUGGAGGGAAUGAAUGGCAUUCAGAAAUUCCAAAUCCACCGUGACGACCGGUCAACAGACCGUCUACCAUCUGCUCACACCUGCUUUAACCAGCUGGACCUUCCAGCCUAUGAGAGCUACGAGAAGCUGAGACAUAUGCUGCUGUUGGCCAUUCAGGAAUGCUCAGAGGGAUUCGGAUUGGCUUAAACCACAAGACUCAACAGACGCAGACAUGCAUACACCUAAUUUAGAUUUGCCUAUUCCUGAUGCAUUGACACUGACAGCCUCUGAACAUUCACCCACCAUUCUAGACAGUUCUGGAUUAUCCGUUGUAUGGCCUAGUCUUGCUGGUUUCUACUCUAUAUAAAGCAGAAAGGAAUCAGCAAGUGAAAUAGACUGAUUGACAUGCGAACAACACAGAGCUUCAUUCUGACACAUUUGUGUCUCCCUUCCCAAUUUAUGGCAAAUGCAAGCAAAAAGGUUCAGAGGAUAAGACAUGGACUAAUAUAAAAUGUUUUCUUCAUUUAGUUUGAUUUAUCUGUACAAAAGGUUUGGGAGUUUAUUAUGUAAAAUCUUUUUUGUUCUCUGGCUGUGUAAAAAGAAAAAAAAGAAUGUUUGAACAGGAUGGUUAUAAAACCUUUGGGGAAAAUUGUUGUGUUUCUUGUUGCAAAUUUAUGACCUCGCAAGCCUUGACAUUUUUAUUGGGGGGGGGGGGGGGUGUAAGAGCAACAAGCUUUGGAGAUAUUCAGAAAACUGCACUUUUUGAAGUUUUGUGGCAUUUUUAAGGAAGGAUGGAACAAAAAUAUGAAGAGAAAAGCUGAAGGUGAUUUUAAGAAAACUAACCACAAAUCCUAGAGUAUUUUUGGCUAUUAAAUCGCUGACUCAGCCCUGAGCCUUUGAAUCAGAGUGGAAUAACUGACAUGAAUAAAUGCAUCAAAUUUCA